AUGGGGCUUCUCUGGCAGAGGACACUCGCGCUGUGCUUAAUGUGUUUUGCAGUUGCAGAAGCUGCUCUUUUCCAUCAUCAUUCUCAUCCACCAAAUCACAACGCCACCGCCGCCGCAGCCAUGGAGAGCGCAAGUGACCAUCUUGGAUAUUAUCCGGCUGCUUUUCCCAUAGCCGCGGACCCUGCCAUCGGCGCGCGAGUCAGCCCACCGCCCGGUGGUAUCAAUGGUGGAGGAGGAGGCGGAGGUGGCAACGGCGGUUACGGCUAUGGAUGGGGCAGCGGCAGCGGCGGAGGGGGAGGAGGCGGCGGCGGAGGUAACGGUGGGGGUGGUGGUGGAGGCGGGCAAAGCGGCGGCGGAGGCAGUGGAGGGAAUGGCAGCGGCGGAGGUAGUGGUCAUGGAGGAGAAUAUGGCAGUGGAGCAAAGAACGGUCGUGGAAAAGGUAGUGGCUGCGGCAGUAGAAGAUGCGGUGGAGGCCAUGGAAGUGGACAUGGCCACCGCCGCGGCGGCGGCGAUUCUGUUGGCCGGAGCUACCGACGAACCAAUCGACGUGGAGAUUAA